AAAUUCAAUACUCCUGAACACAAUAGCCUGAUAUUACUACAAGUAAAUAGUACCAUAGGCAUUGUCUAUAUAUAUAGUCAAAUGAUCACAAGUUGGUUUCUGGGACAAAGGAAGUACCUCUUCAAUUAGGGAACAAAAAAAACAGUUUGGCAAGGUGGGGGAAAGCCUUAGAAAGGAAAUAUGGCUGAUGUUAUUGAAUAUGGCUCUAAUCCUACCACGCCAAGACCUGCCUCAGCUGUGCCGACGCCGCCAAUAUCGGCUCCUCCGUCGCAGUUCCACUCUCCUUCUUUGACUAGAUCACCUCUGCUCUCUACCGGUGAUCAUAUACAGCCAGCUAGCGCAAACAGAACGCCAAGGAUUUCAACUCCGAGGAUCUCAACUCCAAGGAUUCGAACACCCCGUUUCAUUACCCCUUUAGGUAGUCCUAUCAGAAGGGCUCUUCACCUUACUAGACUCGACCCUCAAGAUGCAUGGCUUCCAAUUACAGAAUCACGGAAUGGAAAUGCAUACUACGCAGCGUUUCACUGUCUUUGCUCAGGGAUUGGUGUUCAGGCACUCAUCCUUCCUGUAGCCUUCACCAUGCUUGGUUGGGCAUGGGGAAUCAUAUUCUUGACUCUAACAUUCAUAUGGCAACUGUACACUCUUUAUCUGUUGGUACAACUCCAUGAAUCUACUGAACACGGGAUUCGUUUCAGCAGAUAUAUGCAGCUCGCAAAUGCUACUUUUGGUGAGAAAUUAUCGAAGUGGCUAGCCUUGUUCCCAAUCAUGUAUCUAUCAGCAGGUACAUGUAUAACACUGAUAAUCAUCGGUGGAUCGACAUCAAGGUUGUUCUUCCAGACCGUAUGUGGGGCGACAUGCAGUGUCAAGACACUAACAACUGUGGAAUGGUACUUGGUGUUUACAUGUGCUGCACUUGUUUUGUCUCAGCUGCCAAACUUGAACUCCAUAGCUGGUGUUUCGCUGAUUGGAGCCAUUACAGCAGUUGGGUAUUGUACACUUAUUUGGGCAGUUUCUGUUGCUGAAGGAAGGAUGCCUGGGGUAUCAUACAACCCUGUUCGCGCAUCCAGCGACGUAGAGAGACUUUUUGAUGUCCUAAAUGCACUUGGAAUUAUUGCUUUUGCCUUUAGAGGUCACAAUCUCAUACUUGAGAUACAGGCUACAAUGCCUUCAAGUGAGAAGCAUCCAUCAACUGUGCCAAUGUGGAAGGGUGUCAAAGUUGCUUAUGCUGUUAUUGCAAUGUGCCUAUUUCCCCUUGCAAUUGGAGGCUAUUGGGCAUAUGGCCAAAUGAUACCAAAUGGUGGCAUGCUGACAGCUCUAUUCGCAUUCCACGGGAGAGACACGUCACGGUUUAUUCUAGGAUUAACAAGUUUAUUUGUCAUAAUUAACGCACUAAGCUCAUUCCAAAUCUACGGCAUGCCAAUGUUCGAUGACUUGGAAUCGUUAUACACUCGAAGGAAGAAGAAGCCGUGCCCAUGGUGGCUCCGGGCAAUUUUCAGGACAAUAUUCGGAUUCUUAUGCUUCUUUGUGGCGGUGGCAAUCCCAUUCUUAGGAAGCGUGGCUGGACUAAUCGGAGGACUAGCUUUGCCAGUUACAUUGGCCUAUCCAUGUUUUAUGUGGCUUAAGAUGAAGAAACCAAAGAAAUAUGGUCCAAUGUGGUACCUUAACUGGGGACUUGGGAUCUUUGGUAUGGCUCUGAGUGUGGCUCAGGUUGCUGGUGGGAUAUAUGUUGUUAUUAGCACUGGUACUAAACUUAGCUUCUUUAAGCCAAGAUAGUUCAAUUAAUUUAGUAUUUAGUAGUUAAUUUGGAAAAUGAGGAAUGUAUAAUUCUUGCUUUUUACUCUUUUUUUUCUUCAUGUAAUUGUGAAAUUUGUUUUCUUCAGAAAGGAAUGAAGUAUAAUGAAAUAAAAAUAUUUAUUCUUUUAA